AUGAAGGGAAGAGGAGGGAAGAGUUAAGGAGAGUCGAUUAGAGUUGAUUAGAGAAAAAAAUAUCGUGUGUCUGUUCCAUUGUCUUCUUCGCCGCGUUACGGCUAGGGCUGCGAAGAAAUCACUUAUUUUCGAGUUUCAAACUGACAAGAAAACAGCGUGAUGCGACCAGAUCCUCUUCCAUAAUGCGACUGAGGUACAUGACAUCAUUUUGUAGAGCUGGUUAUGUAAGCACGUGUUCGCUUCAAAGAGCGUUUCUGUCUUCAGAGGCUCCUCAUUCCAGUAAGACCCUUGAAGGCGGCAAAAAUUUGGAUAGCGAAAAGAAGACAAAGAGCAACGGAGAUACUGCAGUGGCUGUGAGAUUAUUUGAAGUCAUCAAAAAAUAUGCUAAAUCCCGUGAUGUACAAACCAAAACCGAAUUGCUAAAAUCAUACUGCGACUGGGGACUUUAUGAUCAAGCUAUGAAAAUUGUGCGAUCCAUUGUCAAUACCAAGGUUUACGAAACAGAUUCUUAUGACGUGGUAAUAAAAAGUAUGAUAGGGCGUGGACAGAUAGAAAGAGCCUUACAGGUCUUCGAGGAGAAAUUGGAGAGGCAACAAAACUUUCCAACCAGAACAUGCGUAGGUAAUAAAGACUUUGGAGAAUUGAUUGAACUACUUCUCAAUCGCGAAAAUCUAUUCGUUAAGGGGAAAAAUUUUGAUGGGCAUCGUCAUUAUAAAACGUCACAGAUGGUGUUUCGUUAUAUUCAACAAAGGGGCACAAGGUUACCUGUAAGAUUAAUUCGUCUAAUUCACUAUUGGCUUUUGUGUGAUCCACAUAAGUCCUGGACUUGGCAGCACUGCACAAUCAGUGAAGCAGGGAAAUGCUCUGCCUGUGGACAUAUGUUGAUAAAACAAUCACCUCAAGAGGAUUUACACCAGUUGCAAAAGGAAAUUGUAAAGCUGAUUGAAAUUUGGCCAAAGUCUACUUUUCAACCGACAGAUAGAAAUUUAGAAUACCAGAGGACUCAAGAGAUACAAACACUGAAGACAUUUGUUAAAGCAAAGGGACCAUUUGAUGUCAUUAUAGAUGGCUGGAAUGCCAUGAAUGUGUACUCUGGUGCAGAAACAAUCACUUAUACAGACAAGCUUAUAGAGGUAGCAAGUCACUUUGCCCUGCAAAAGAAGAAUGUUGUGGUUGUAUUAUCUGAGACAGGCUCAUUAUCUCAGAAACUCUUGAGGUAUCUUAAUCGAGCAAUCAGGGAUCUCAGAACUGUUAAUUGUCAUGUUUUUGUGAGCAGGUUUGAGAAUGAUGAUUUGUACCUUUUGUAUGCCGCAGCUAUGAGUGGAUUGGGACAUGUCGAGGUUGUAACCAAUGAUAAACUCCGAGAUCAUCGCCUCUUAUUACCAGCAGAAGUAGGGUGGACAUUCUCAAGAUGGGCAAGGUUAAACUGUGUAACUUUUACAAGUGAAAAAAAGGAAAAAUUGCAAUUUUUCAGACACAAAGUUGACCCUGUGGUGCAGUACAAUGGGAAUUCAUGGCAUUUUCCUGUUUCUGAUGAAACAUGGAGGUGUUCAAGGAGAUCACAACGUUAUAAAAGUUUAUAUUAGAUGCACUUUUUUAAAAGCUGUGUAAAAUGGAAAAUAUUGAAACUAGUUUAUUGAGUUAAAACCAAAUAGGUCCUCAAGUAAACAAAUGUAAGAGGUUAAUCUUGUGGAUAUUUGAUGAGAUUCAUGCCACCAUGUGGCACUUCUGUAAAUGUUAUCAGGGCUUGAAAUUAAAAAGAAUUCUCAGUCACAAUUUGUGAGUAAUUGCUAAAGUUUAGCUGCAAGUUUGAAAAUUUUAGUUGCAAAAGUAACCUACUUCUACUGGAACCAGAAAUUAGAAACAAAGAUUUCCUAGAAAUUUCACGAGCGCUGCAGGGCGUGGUUUCAGAAAAAGUGCACCCAUGAUACAUUUGUCAGCAAGAAAUCAAUGAUAAAAGUCACAUAUA